AUGACAAGAGAGGCCCCCAUUGCGUGGGAAUCGCUGGCAGUAUGGGGAUCAGCAGCAACUUUCUCCUCCACGGAAGACGAUGACCCGCUUGCCUUGACUGAAAAUGUGCCCUUCCCCGUCCGCGCGUCUAUUAACGCCAAGCUUUCACUCUGGCGCGGGCCGCUCUACUGCCUGCGCGUCGACGCCGUGGUCAACUCGACGUGUGAGUCCAUGCGCCAGAGUGACGGGGACUUUGACAAGUUGCUCAAGUCUGCGGGACCCGAGAUCGCCGUCGAAUGCAAGGCCGCUGGCGCCUGUCGCACAGGAGACACUGUACUCACGCGAGGUUGUAAGCUGCCCGCAAAGUUCAUACUUCAUACAGUGGGGCCACGGUACCAGGCUAAGUAUCAUAACGCGGCGGAGCAUUCGCUACAUUCAUGUUACCGUAGCGUCUUAGCAGUCACCAAAGAAAAUGGACUACGCUCAGUAGCCACAGGAUGUAUCUACACAAUACGUAAAGGAUAUCCGAGAGAGGAAGGCGCUCACAUUGCGGCAAGAACGGUGCGACGCUAUCUGGAACACUACGGGGAUGACUUCGACCGGGUUAUUCUAUGUAUGGACUCGGUGCAAGACAUGGAUGUGUAUGAGAGGGUCUUACCCCUUUACUUUCCUCGAACCGUGAAGGAGCAACACGAGUCCCAGCGGUUGCUUGCCACGCGCGACCUCGGUGAUAGCUUUGGCGAACCCAUAAUUGCAGAGCGUCAGAUUCGAAUUGGUAACCUCAGUAGCUCCGAUAUUGAAGCAUUUCGGGCCAUGUACGGUGAUCCAGAUGCGGAGCGCUUAGACCGACUGCAGCAGAUGCAGGCGGAACGCCAGCGACGAGCUGCCGAGGCUGCAAUUGAGGAGCAGAAACGACUCGAGAAAGCUACAGCCAGCACUGCUGAAUGGGACUAUGUCGCUGCACUUGAACGCGCUAAAUCGGAGGAUUUGUCAGACCUGAAGGCUCUCGGAUUCUGUUACUGCGGUGGCGUGGAUCUUGCGGGGAUGCCUGUAGUUGUCUAUCUUGCUGGAAAGUUGCGCGUGGAUGAACUGGAUAUGGAGCGUAUCCUUCUGUUUGUGCUAUUGACUCUUGAUCUGCAACGCGCUGCUCUCACGACAACCAGCUCGCAGUUUAGCGUGCUGUACGUGCAGUCAGAUGUGACGAACGAUAACCAGCCCUCCGCUGCUUGGCUCAAGCGACUCUUUCGCGUGUUCACUGCGGUGGCUGCACGUCGCGCUCCAAGCGACCAACCACUGCAUAAUAAAUGGACCAGGUCGGCGCUUCGCUUUUUCUACGUGUUGGAACCAUCCUUCGGGUUGAAGGUGCAGCUACUUUUGUCAAAGGGAUACUGCGAUGGUGGCGGGUUUUACGACCAGAUCGUGUAUUUGCAGAAAGCCGAGAUGCUGGAUAGCAUUGCACCAACUCUUCAACUACCACCGCAUAUCUACACGUCCGUGUGA